GUUUGGACAUGGCGGCUUCCAUGGCAGAAAGCUGUAGAGCGUCCCUGUACUUGGCCCUGAGCUUCCGAACGGCCAGGCUGCGGCUCGCUGCGCUCGCGUCUGACGCCUGCGGUGUCCGCACGGGCCAGAGCCGGUUUCAGAGCACCGGGACUUCUGAGCCCGGUGGGUUCAAGCCGCCGCCGAAACCUGUCAUCGUGGACCGGCGCCGAGAACCGGACGAACAGAGAAGGUUCCUGAGUCCUGAAUUCAUCCCUCCAAGGGGGAGGACAAACCCUCUGAAAUUUCAGAUGGAAAGAAAAGAUAUGCUGGACAGGAGGAAGGUGCUUCACAUCCCCGAGUUCUAUGUUGGAAGCAUACUGCGUGUCACCACAGCUGACCCUUAUGCCAGUGGGAAAACCAGCCAGUUCCUGGGGAUCUACAUUCAGCAAUCAGGACGUGGGCUUGGGGUGACUUUCACUCUCAGGAACAUGAUUGAAGGACAAGGUGGUAAGCAUGUUCUCCUUUUAUGUGUGGAUAUUUGCUUCGAACUGUAUAACUCUGGACUCCAAGAGAUCCAGGUGGUAAAACUAGAGAAGCGGCUGGACGGCAGCCUGCUGUACUUACGCGACGCCCUCCCCGAGUUCAGCACCUUCGAGGUGAACAUAAAGCCCGUUCCCACUGAGUCCUGCCAGGAAGUGCCUCUUAACAAGCUAAAAGUGAAAAUGAAGCCAAAGCCGUGGUCCAAACGCUGGGAACGGCCUUACUUCAACAUUAAAGGAAUCCGAUUUGACCUUGCUUUAACUGAAGAGCAAAUGAAGGAAGCCCAGAAGUGGAGCCAGCCAUGGCUUGAGUUUGACAUGAUGAGAGAAUAUGACACUUCCAAAAUUGAAGCUGCACUGUGGGAAGAAAUCGAAGCAUCAAAGAAGUCCUGAUCCUGGGCCUGGAGGGAUGAGGGCUCAGCAGGUGCACGUGCUUCCUGCUCCGGC